AUGGAUCUCGUUCAGAAGGAACAUGAGCGCCUAUCGAAAAGGCUGAAAUCGUCUCAAAGUAUUCAGAAUGUACAGGAUGCAAUAGACUUGCUCCAGUCCACCCGAGACAAGAUCGCUUCCGACCCCGACCAGGCGUCGAUAUCGCUGGCGAAACUCCAGAAUCCGAUCAAGUCGACGUUUGAUUCUAUCAACGAUAAUCUCAAGGAGACUCACAGUGGUCUCAAUAAAUUUUCGAAGGCGUUGGAUAAGCUUUUUAAAGACAGGCCGUUACCAAGCUCCGAACACGAUGUCCUCGAGUCGCACGAAGAGCUCAUCAAUAGAGCUAUCGCCAUGCAUUUACUGCGGGAGGGGCAGUUUUCUGUGGCGUCUUCGUUCCUUAGGGAAGUAGCAGAGAAAAAGGCGGCCGAACGACAACAGGAGGUCGAUUCUGAUAUCAUGGACGAAGCCGCUGCGCUCCUCGAUAUCGAUGGUGUGUCAUCGAGUAGGGUCCGCGCCGAAUUCCACAACAUGUGGCGAAUACUCCACGAAAUGAAGGAGAACAAUAAUUUGUUGCCGGCGAUAGAAUGGUCCAGGAAGGAGGAAAAUAAAGCAAUGCUCGAAGCGAGAGGUAGCAACCUCGAAUUUGAGUUAUGCAGACUGCAGUUCGUUUGGCUGUUUCACGGUGGACUUGAGCAGCGCGGGCCUACGUCCGAAGGGCGACAAGCAGCUUUGAAAUACGCCCGGCGCGAAUUUCAUGUGUUCCUGCCCAGGUAUUUGCGAGAAAUCGAGCAACUUAUGGGAGGAAUGGCUUUCAGCCCUAAUUUACCAGGCUCGCCUUACAAGAAUAUCUUCGAUAACUCAUCUGCGUGGUCUGAUGUUUCGCACUCAUUUACACGAGAGUUCUGCGCACUCCUAGGGCUAUCCCCAGAUUCUCCGCUUUACAUUGCUUCAACCGCAGGUGCAAUAGCUCUGCCUACAUUGUUGAAGCUGCAGAGCAUCAUGAAGGCGAAACGGACGGAAUGGACCACAGAGCACGAAUUACCUGUCGAAAUCCCCCUACCUCCAUCAUACCUCUUUCACUCGAUAUUUGUAUGUCCUGUCUCGAAAGAACAGAGCACUGACGAGAACCCACCAAUGAUGAUGCCCUGCGGGCAUGUGAUUGCAGAAGAGUCGCUCAAACGACUUUGCAAGGGCACGAGAUUCAAGUGUCCUUAUUGCCCCAGCGAGAGCAGCCCUAAGGACGCAAAGAUAGUGUUCCUCUAA